UUUCCUCACGACAGCCCAGAGCUCCACGUCUUCGCCAUGCUGUCUCUAGGCUCUCGCUCUUCGCUGCGUCUGACCGUGAUAUGCAGCGCCCUCGCUCUGCUGCUCUCCUGCCAACGCGCCAACGCCUGGUACAAGCAGUCCACCGGCCCCAGCUACUACUCUGUGGGAAGAGCGUCGGGGCUGCUGUCCGGUAUCCGCAGAUCUCCGGAUAUUCGGCGCUCAGAGCCUGAAAACGCGGGGGAGAGCGCCGAGAACAUGGAAGACAACUUCUUGAACAACUUUGGUAGCCAACGGCAAGGAGCGCUUCUCAAAAGUAUGGCUCUGUGUGUAAAAGAUGUCUCCCCGAACCUCCACAGCUGCGAGCUGCUCCCCGACACCUCCAGCACCUUCCAGUGCAAAGCUCAGAUUUACCUGUCGCUGGACAGCUCCGACUGCCUCAACCCCUGACCAUACCGCCACCCCAGAGACUGCCACGCGCCAUUCCUAAUUCCGCCGGACCCCUGAGCUUUAGAUUAGGGGCCAGACGUUUGUGUAGAUUUGUACUUGAUUCUGUAUCUGCUGCAUUAGAACAUUAUGGUUCGACUAAUAAAUGAAAUACACGGA